UGUAGAUAUGCACUUUCAAAUGCUCCAAUGUCCCCACUCUCCCACCCUUCAUUUUCAUUUCCCAGGUUCAUAACAAAAACCAACAACUACCAGUUACAGACAUGUUGUUCUUAUGCUGUUUGUGCUCUUGCAAUAAUUUGAACAAACUGCAUCAUUUUUUUGUUUUUCUCUCUCCUAAAUCCCUCCCAGAUUUUCAGCUUAUCCUAACCAUUACCAUAUUAAAGUCUUGUAUUUUUAAAAUUUUAAUUGAAAAUUAAAGGAAAAGUCAAUUCAACUUGGUGGGUUCUCUUUCUCUCUAGAAAAAUUGCCACUUUCUGAAUUUAAUGGUGGAUUCUUGCUUCUCAUGUGAAGAAGCUGAACGAAGCUUUCAGCUUUUCCUUUCUCUCGUCAGUCUCCUAUCUAAUUCCACCAUGGAAGUGGUUCAUAUCGUGCCAUGGUUGGUAGUUCUUUGUAGUACGAUGUUCUUGGAACACACUUCUGGGUCUGAUACAGUGAACAUCGGUGCUAUAUUUACUCUUGGCACGGUCAAUGGUAAGGUUUCGGAGAUCGGGAUGAAGGCUGCUGUGGAUGAUAUAAAUUCUGAUCCCAGCAUACUUGGUGGUCAUACCCUGUCUCUCCAUAUUCAGGAUUCAAAUUAUAAUGGAUUUCUCAGCAUCAUGGGAGCAUUGCAGUUCAUGGAGAUGGAUACUGUUGCUAUUAUUGGCCCUCAGACAUCCAUAAUGGCACACGUACUUUCUCACCUAGCAAAUGAACUCCAUGUUCCACUAUUGUCAUUCACUGCCCUUGAUCCUACAUUAUCACCUAUCCAAUAUCCCUACUUUUUCCAAACUGCCCCCAAUGAUCUGUUUCAGAUGGCUGCCAUUGCGGAAAUUGUAAGCUACUUUCGUUGGACCCAGGUAAUAGCCAUCUUUACUGAUGAUGAGCAGAGUCGGAAUGGCAUCACUGCAUUAGGUGACAAGCUUGCAGAGAGGCGUGGCAAGAUCUCUUAUAAGGCAGUUCUACCCCCUGAUAUCAGAGGAAAUUUUAGUGUAGUGAAACAGGAACUAGCAAAGGUGAAGAAUAUGGAAUCAAGGGUGCUUGUUGUUCAUACCAUGGUUACUUACGGUCCAAUCAUUCUCGAGGCAGCUGAGCAGCUUGGCAUGACAGGAGAAGGGUAUGUUUGGAUAGCUACUGCAUGGUUGCCUGCCAAUUUAGAUUAUAAUCCAGAUCCAGAUAUUUACAAAAAGACUCAGGGGGUAAUCACACUUCGGCCCCAUACUCCUGACUCAAAAAGGAAAAAGGAAUUUAUUGCUAGGUGGAAAAACUUGAGCAAAGGCUCAACUGGAUUGAAUGUUUAUGGGUUGUAUGCCUAUGACACUGUUUGGUUACUUGCCCGUGCUCUUAAUGUAUUUCUACUUCAAGGCAACAAUAUUUCCUUUUCAAAUGAUCCGACCUUAACUGCUGUUGGAGGAGGAAGUAUGAAUUUAAGUGCUUUGAGUAUCUUUGACGGAGGAAGUGAAUUGCUUAAGUUGAUACUGGAAACCAAUAUGACAGGUCUCACAGGCCCUAUUUGGUACAAUCCAGACAGAACUUUGGUUAACCCUUCUUUUGAUGUCAUUAACAUAGUUGGUAGGCAAAUGAAGCAGAUUGGGUAUUGGUCAAAUUAUUCUGGGUUGUCUGUUUUAGCACCAGAGAUACUUCGUGAAAGUCCGCAGAACCGUUCAGGUGCCAGUCAGAAGCUGUACAGUGUUGUGUGGCCUGGAGGAACUAAGAAGCAGCCUCGUGGAUGGGUUUUCCCUCGAGAUGGGAGAAAAUUAAGGGUUGGGAUUCCUCGCAGGGUCAGCUUUACUGAAUUUGUUUAUCAAGACAAUCAAACUCAUGCUAUUCGUGGAUAUUGCAUCGAUGUUUUUGAAGCCGCUGUGAAGUUGCUCCCGUAUGCAGUUCCGUAUGAAUUCAUAUUUUUCGGAGAUGGGCGUAAAAAUCCCAGUUAUAGUGAACUCGUGACUAGGAUUUCAACGGGUGAAUUUGAUGCUGCUGUGGGAGACAUUGCAAUUGUGACCAACCGCACGAUGAUUGUAGACUUCACUCAGCCAUAUGCAGAUUCAGGGUUGGUCGUAGUAGCCCCGGUUAAAAAGAUAACCUCUAAUGCUUGGGCUUUCUUGAGGCCCUUUACACCACUCAUGUGGGCGGUGACAGCUGUUUUUUUUCUCGUAGUCGGGGCAGUUAUUUGGAUCCUAGAACAUAGAUUAAAUGACGAGUUUCGUGGGCCUCCUGGUAAACAGAUUAUGACAAUUCUAUGGUUUAGUUUCUCAACCCUGUUUUUUGCCCACAGAGAAAACACUGUGAGCACACUUGGUCGGAUGGUUCUUGUCAUAUGGCUAUUUGUUGUGUUGAUCAUCCAGUCAAGUUAUACAGCUAGUUUGACUUCAUUCCUGACCGUCCAACAGCUAACAUCUUCAAUAAAAGGAAUCGACUCAUUGAUUACUAGCACUGCACCUAUAGGAUACCAAGUAGGGUCUUAUGCAGAAAACUAUCUCAAUGAGGAACUUAAUAUUCCCAGAUCAAGGCUUAAGCCUCUAAACUCCCCAGAAGAAUAUGCUUUCGCUCUCAAAACAGGAAGAGUUGCUGCUGUGGUUGAUGAACAGCCGUAUGUCGAUCUUUUUCUUUCAAGUUACUGCCAGUUUGCUGUUGCAGGCCAGGAAUUCACCAAGAGUGGUUGGGGAUUUGCUUUUAAGAGAGAUUCUCCAUUAGCCCUUGACAUGUCAACGGCCCUUCUCCAGCUAUCAGAGAAUGGCAGCCUACAAAAUAUUACCGAGCUUUGGCUCAAGAAAAAGAAUGCUUGUCAAUCACAGGCUGUAAGCGACUCUGAACAGCUUAAGCUAGACAACUUCGUUGGCCUAUUCCUUAUAUGUGGUGUUGCUUGUAUCAUGUCUCUUAUCAUAUACUUCUCCUUAAUGCUCUACAAGUUCCACCAGCAUCAUUUGCCUCAACACUCAGAGCCUUCAGUCCAGGGCAACUCUCGGUCUGCACGUCUGAAGACAUUCUGGUCAUUUGUUGACAAAAAGGAAGACAUGUCGCAGAGAAAGUUGAAAAGGAAACGUAUUUCUGCAUCAAUGCCAACUCAUGGCAGUGAGUUAAUGGGGGCUGAAUCAGCGGGGAAAUCGUCUAAAAGUGCAGAUUUUAGCAGUUAUCGUGGAGAUAAUCGUAAUAGCGUUGUUUGGAGUUGAUGAGAGGAUCAAAGCUAAUCCCAGUUUCAUGUGAUUUAUGUUUAAAUAUAGAAACUUUGCUCUUAACCUUCUUUUGAGAAGUAUAUCAGGUAGAAAUCAUUAAUUGUAUACAGGUUAGUACUUACUAGUAUACCAGGGCAUGCAGUGGGCUGCAAAUAUGCAACUGUGACAGUGAUAAGACCAUCAUGCUGCAAAAACGAUGAUGGACAAACCAGAUUCCUGUGUAAAUUUAAAUAAUAGUGUUAAUGGAAGCCCACAGGUGCAAUUUUAUUAUACA